AUUCAGUGUUAAAAGCAGUGACCUUCGCCGCUUGCUUGCGGUUUCAGUUUCAUUUUUAGGUAUUUAAUAUUUCUGUAUUCAAAAUUUUAUAUUUAAAACAUUAAUCUCCACAUGAAUUUAUGAAUUUAAUUGCACUCAUGUCACCUCUGAGCCUCAUUAAACGUAUGAAAAUGUACAAGCCAUUUUUGUGUUCUUCUGUGCACACUCUGUAGUACAAAUUAUUAUUUUAUUAAUACUAAUUUCAUAUGAUUGCUAACUUAUUAUUUGUCUUAUUCUACCUCUUCUUAUAUCGUUUUAAAUAGAAAUGUUAAAAAGCUUAUAAACAUACAUGUUUGAAUGGCGACGCCCAUGCUCUGGAGAUGACGCAGGCUGCCAGGUUGUGGAGUUUAUGUUGUCCUGGUAACGCGUCAACGGAAUCCGGAAAUGGCGAGUUUACUGGGAGAAACUCUCUUUGAGAUCAGUGGACAAGGUCCUGCACCAAUAAAGGACUAUUUCCACUUUGCAAUAACAAAAUCUCAGGUAAUUUGGAGCUGGUGGAAGAUAUCUUUGAGAUCAGACUGCAGGAACACACCACCAGGACAACUGAGAGAAUCACAUGAAGACUUUUUAGAAGACCGUCGUCUGCAAAAUCAAGUGGGCAUGGUAUUUGGUCCUCACAUCUUGCAAUACUCCCAAAAUUUAUGCCAGGGACACUAUGAUUACAUUGUCCAUCUCCCCAAUGCUUUACUUUUCAACAUCAUGGUACAUCUGGACCUUGAAGACAUUUCAGUCGUUUCACGCACCUGCCGUAGGUUUAGAGAGCUUUGUAACUCUGAGGAGUUCUGGGAGCAGACAGUGAGGAAGCAUUGUGACACUGUGACACCAACAGUGGAGGCUUUAGCUGAGGAGGUUGGCUGGAGGACAAUUUUCUUCACCAACAAGCUGCAGCUGCAGAUGCAGAUUAGUCGCCGGAAGCAGAAGGAGAAUCCGCCCUGUGAGGAUAAAAAUGAGCCAAAUCCCUCUUCAGUACCUUUGGAGUAAACGAUUGAAGACUGUCUACAAAGCCAAGCCUUUUUUAAGUCUGAUUUCUCUAAGCACUAUUUUUUCUUGCAUUGAAGAUUCACUCUUGCAAAUAGUGUGCACACUGUUACAUUUGCUCAAAUCUAAAAUGUUUUUUUAGCCAAAGAACCAGUUUUAGGUGAA